UUUCCCGCCUGAAUACAGGCGCAAAGAGAAGGAAAAACACUGAUGUUUAUUCUCUUUCUCAAUCGCCUCGGAUCCCUACGUUGGAUUCAAAAGCCUUCACUUCCUUCUUCACGACACAUUCACACUCGCUCUCUCUCACCCCACAAAGAAAACCCCAUAAAUUGGAACACAAACCACUCUUUUGUUCUCUCAAAUCCUUUCCUCUCUCUUCUGGAAAAAUGCAAAUCCAUCUCCCAGCUGAAGCAAAUCCAGUCCCAAAUGGUCCUAACAGGGCUAAUCGAAGAUGGGUUUGCCUCCAGUAGGUUGAUCGCUUUUUGUGCUAUCUCAGAAUGGCGAGAUCUUGAUUACUGUACUAACAUUUUGUUUAAUACCCGAAACCCUAAUACGUUUUCUUGGAAUGUGGCUAUUAGAGGGUUUUUGGACAGCGAGAACCCGCGAGAAGCUGUUGUAUUGUAUAAGAGAGUGUUGCAAUGUGAUGGGACUAAGCCUGAUAAUUACACCUACCCUUUGUUGUUUAAGGCUUGUGCGAGGUUGUCGUUGAUUCGGAUGGGAAGUGAGAUUCUUGGGCAUGUGUUGCAUUUGGGUUUUGAUUCGGAUAUAUUUGUAUCUAAUGCGGUGAUUCACUUGUUGGUGUCGUGUGGGGAUCUAGACGGUGCACGGAAAAUGUUUGAUAAAAGUUGUGUAAGGGAUUUGGUUUCUUGGAAUUCAAUGAUAAAUGGGUAUGUUCGGAGAGGGUGGGCGUAUGAGGCAUUAAAUUUUUAUAGGGAAAUGAAGGUGGAGGGAAUUAAGCCAGAUGAGGUUACAAUGAUUGGGGUUGUUUCCUCAUGUGCCCAGUUGGAGGAUUUGGAUCUUGGAAGAGAGUCACAUUGUUAUAUUGAAGAAAAUGGAUUGAAACUUACAGUUCCACUUGCUAAUGCGCUUAUGGACAUGUACAUGAAGUGUGGGAAUUUAGAGUCAGCACGAAAGUUAUUUGAUAGCAUGACAAACAAAACCAUGGUCUCGUGGACUACAAUGGUUGUGGGCUAUGCCAAGUCUGGCCUUCUGGAUAUGGCACGGAAGCUUUUUGAUGAGAUGCCGGACAAAGAUGUGGUACCUUGGAAUGCCAUGAUUGGUGGUUAUGUUCAUGCCAACCGUGGUAAGGAGGCUUUGGCUUUGUUUAAUGAAAUGCAAGCCAUGAAUAUAAAUCCUGAUGAGGUAACCAUGGUUAGCUGCUUAAGUGCAUGCUCACAACUUGGAGCUCUUGAUGUUGGAAUAUGGAUUCACCAUUAUAUUGAAAAACAUGAACUUUCUCUAAAUGUGGCAUUGGGGACUGCCCUAAUUGACAUGUAUGCCAAAUGUGGGAAGAUCACUAAGGCUAUUCAGGUUUUCCAAGAGCUUCCUGGAAGAAACUCUUUGACUUGGACAGCCAUUAUUAGUGGUUUAGCCCUUCAUGGGAAUGCACAUGGUGCCAUAGCUUACUUCUCGGAGAUGAUUGAUAAUAGUGUGAUGCCAGAUGAGGUCACCUUCCUUGGCUUAUUAUCAGCUUGUUGUCAUGGAGGUUUGGUUGAAGAGGGUCGUAAGUAUUUUUCUCAAAUGAGCUCCAAAUUUAAUCUUUCCCCCAAGCUUAAACACUAUUCUUGCAUGGUGGAUCUUCUAGGAAGGGCUGGUCUUUUGGAGGAGGCAGAAGAACUGAUUAAGAGUAUGCCAAUAGAGGCAGAUGCUGUUGUGUGGGGUGCACUGUUUUUUGCUUGUCGAAUUCAUGGGAAUGUUUUGAUGGGAGAACGAGCAGCUUCUAAACUUCUUCAAAUGGAUCCUCAUGACAGUGGAAUUUAUGUUUUGCUUGCAAAUAUGUAUGGAGAAGCAGAAAUGUGGAAGGAGGCUGGGAAGGUGAGGAAGCUGAUGAGGCAGAGAGGAGUGGAGAAGACUCCUGGUUGUAGUUCAAUUGAGGUGAAUGGUAUUGUUUAUGAGUUCAUUGUUAGAGACAAAUCACACCCUCAAUCUGAACAGAUCUACGAAUGUUUGAUUCAGUUAACAAGACAGUUGGAGCUUGUUGAGUGUACUCCGGUUUUUCCUAUAUUUGGAGAUAACUUUCUCUUUGGCUCUGACUUCGGCAGAUGCAUUUGAAUUUGCAGGGUUUCAAUGGCAAGACAUGAUAGCUUAUUCAUUUUCACACCCGAGUGUCAUCCAGAGGUAUCUGGCAGAUGCAUCUUAGUUUCUGCCUUUCCCUGGAUGUUUAACCUCGCAGCUGCUGCUGCUGUGACUGCUAAAAGCCCGCCCUCCAUAUAAGGGACUUUGCAUAUAGACCUCUUUGGAGAAAGGCUUUGUUAGCCCUGCCUUUGGGUUUCUUAUGGCUGGAGUUUCUAUCAUGGUGUUCAAACGGCUGCAGCUCUGAUUGAGGAUAUGAAGCUUUCAUUCCACAGCCAGGAUGAGAUGUGCCUUGAAGCAUGCGAUAGAAUUGGAAAUCGUUUAAACUGAACUAACUAAAUGCAAAGGGGUUUUUCCGAUGUCUGUAGUCAACAUGGAUAAUUUUAUCUUUUGACACUCCACUCAGGCCAUAAAUAUCGAAGUUAAGAGGUGGGUCAAUUUAAAAACGACUGCAGCUUUGGAUGGCUAAUGGAAAUUAUUUUCUGUUAAGUUGAUAUUAGUUGGUGGUACUGCUACCCCAAUCUUUAUUCAUACCUGGACUGUAUGUGCACAUCCAUCUGGUAGACAAUGCAGAGGCUGCAGAGGAGGGAGGAGAGAGGCAAUCCUAGCACUGGAUUUUUUCUAGAUUUCUUCAACAUCGUCUAAAGAUAAAUAAUGCCUCUUAACGAUAUCUUCUAGGACCACCUUCGAAUAUGAAGAUAAGAGACGAUGAUCAUGUGACACUUAAACAACUAAGUAUCCUCAAAUUUGGAAAGUUACACAAGACUUUUCAGCUUGUGAAGAUCGUCUUGUUCAAGUAAGAUCACCCCUAUUUAUAGGCGCCAUGGACUUUUCUUUUUCUAAAAUUUUCGUAAGUGUUUCUAAUGCUUUAUAAUGUUCCUACUACUCUCUGCAUUUGUAGAUCAAAUGCUUUAAUGUCAGAGAAGUUAUCCCAAAUGAGGCUUUAAUAACAUUAUAUAAGCAAACUGUUUUAUCUAUGCUUCUUUUUGAUAUUUCUAAAUUGUUGAAUCAAUACAUUUCUUGACAACAAUGUCUUAUUCUUUGUAAAUUAUGUUUUUCCAUGGCACUCAGAUUGGCCAAACUAAGUACAAAAGCUUUUCCUUGUUUGGGUAACUUCUUGCUUUUGGCUUUUUUAGGAAGUUACAAGCUAAAUAAAAAAUCAUGAUUUGAAAGGUGUAAUCUUGGAGUUGUGAAAGUUUCGUCGCACAUGAAACAAAUUACUCCUAUCCUGUGUCUGUCAAGAAGGGACAUCACAAGAAGAAACAUUGUCUUCCCUUCCUUCUUAAGCUCUUUAAAGCCAAAUAAGAGCUCAAUCAGGUACAAAAACUCUUUUUUAAGUUCAACAAAAUGUUGCUUCUUGUAAAAGUUCUAUUUCGACUCAUGUGAAAAGAUUUUUCAUGUUUAAUAAAACUUUUACAAUACUAAUAAUAACUAUUAAAAAUUAUGACUUCGAUUUAUCUUCAUUUUCAUCUUCUAGCUUAAAACAAAAAAUUGAAAGAAAGCGUUUUUACCAUAAUCACUCCCGAACCUCGCUAUAAUAGCGAUUUGUUGAGGGGGUCUUCCUUUGAGAAUCGGUUGUUAUUUCAUUAUACUAACAAAUUUACAAAGAAAGAUUUCAAGGUGGGGUGGGGGAAAAAGGGCCAAGCCAUUAGAAGAGGGGCAACACUUGAUGCCCUGUUUGGCAUGUCUAUAUGAGCGUGAGCGUGAUGAAUAGAAUACAAAGAAGAAUAUAAUCAUUUUCAGUUGCUUGCACGCUAGGUCUCCUCUUCACUCCCUUCCUACCCUUUUCCACCCCUUUGGAGCCUACCACUCCUAGUAUCAUUCCCUUCUUUCCCAUGUUUUGCCUUUUGAUUCAUCAUUAUCUAUUGGGUCCACCAAUUGUAAUGCAUCAAUCAAUGACAUGGGUUAUCCGUGU